AUGUUUAAAACUAGGCUCCUUAAAGCUGCACAUUUGAAGAAAUUCAAUUCAGACACAAUCGCUACAAGUGUUAGCAGACAUGUAUCUGGGCAUAUUAUUAGUGAAAAUGAAAUGACUAAGAGACUCAAAAAUUUAUCAGAAAAGUUUGGCAAUAAAUCAUCACCUGAUUCGGUCUUUAACAACCCAAACAUUGUCAGAAUUCUGGAGCAAAAAGGCAGUGAAACUUUUUCUGAGAAACUGUAUCGUUAUUGUGAUAUAUUUGGCUGGCUCUCCUCUUUUUCAAGUAGGAAGAUAUACGCCCUAAAGUCAGCAACACCGAAUAGGGUAUAUCUUACUAGGAGAACUGAGGCAGAAAGAAAGCAUAUGAUGAUGCUGGCAGCAUCAUCGGGCCUCAUGACUACAUUGCUGAUGCUAGUCUUCAUAGACCAUUGUAAGAGUUUUUGGGACAGAAUGCCAAUGCCGGAAGCUCCUACAUACGAAUUUACAAAUGGCCGCCGUAAUGAUUUUACGUGGCACGGUAGCAUGCCAUUUCAGUACCCCAAAGGAAGGUGCAAACAUUGCAGAUUUUUGGAACUCGAGUGCAAAAAGGAUUGUUAUGAUCGUCUAAAAAGGGAUGGGCAUACUUUUAUUUUUGGUGACCCCUUUUCCAAGCCAAGAAGGGUGCUAUUGCCAUCUCCUUAUCCACCCAUAUCUGAAACGAUUUAA